CGUCCGCUCCAAUGUAGAGGCCCUCUGGAUCCAUUCUUGUAAGUAAUUCGCGGCGACAAGUAUACAACGAGGGGAUGCGCCCAAGCGCCUGGAGCUCGACGUAAAUACCGAAAACAACGCCGUCAGUGCAGCUCGACGUUCUCGAUUGCCGCGUGUUUCUGAAGCUUUAUCACCCUGCCAAACAUACGAUGCCGAUCCAGCAGGUGCUAGACCAUGAAACGACGACAUAUCUCACUGUAACCCUCUCCCCCUCGAUACCUCCAUCUCUACUUCCAAAAUUUCUGAAUAUCAACGCGGAAACCCCCGUCGCACUGAAUCACUUGGGAAAUGUUGGGGAACUGCAGGAUGUCCAUCUAAUCGGAGUGCCAAGGGAGCAAUGGGCUACAUGGGGCAAUGAAAUAGUGCAGAGUCUUCAGACGAGCGAUGGUGUAAGAGCGGUCCAGGUCCUAGCCGCUCCGACAACCAGAAGGAAGAGAGAUGAGUUCUGAGUGUCUUAGGUAGGGCUAGUGCUUCCUGGGGAUGGCUGGGUGUACUAAUAAAGCGUGUGUAUGGCUACAUGAGUUCAAUAAAUAAUGAGCGGGUAUGGCAGUAGAUAAGGUUACACUGGACCUGAAUC